AAAAUAGAAACACUCAGACUAUUUUCUUGUUUACAGACUAAGUUAAAGGAGGAGUGGUUGGAGUCCUGACUGAAGGCGGGAAACAGCAGCUCUUCAGCUGAAUCGUGUCUACUUGGAUGUACCAGAGAGAGGAGGGAGGUUUCCCAUCACAGGUAGUUUGGAAAUGACUGGAUUUGAAUGGAGAGGAGAAAGGAUUCAGAAGAAAGAAUGAUAUCUGCAGGGAACACGCUGCUUACAGGUUUUAUUAUUUUCUUUUAGAGGUUCGAGCUACUACACUGAGGAAAAAAUUGUAGUCCUCCAUCACAGGUCGGCUAAAGUCCUCCAGGCAUAAUCAAAAACUUGGCCUCUUCUGUGUAACACCGCAAAACUUUAAUUCGGUUGUAUUAUGGGAUGCCAUUGGGUUAGUUUUAGUCAGUUUUAAAGAUCAUUUGUAAACAAUUCUUUGCUGAUUUGUUUUUUUAACUGGGACUUAAACAUGGCCAUCAACACGGACACUGACUUCCUAAAGUCUAACCUGGGUGAGGGUGGAGGUGGCACCCAACCCGGAGACCCCCACGAGACGGAGAAACUCCUGGCUUUGAGCACCGAGCCCGGGGGUAACGGUAUGAAGAUGUCCCCCUCCUUCACAGUCAACAUGGACACCGACCAGGGCCUGAAGCCCGACCAGAACGGCCACAGUGAGGGGUUGAAGACGGGCUCUGCCGGUCAGCUGGCUGCCUCCGCCCCCCUGUCCCCCUCCAAGGCCAGCCUCAGUCGCUCUUCCACUGGAAACGCCAUGGUGCACGAGGUCCCCAAACCCAAGGAUUACCUCAUCCUCGUCAUCAUGUCGUGUUUCUGCCCCGUGUGGCCCGUCAGCAUCGUGGCGCUGGUUUACUCCAUCAUGUCCAGAAACAGUCUCCAGGCAGGGGAUAUCGACGGGGCCAGGAGGUUGGGUCGACUGGCUCGUCUGCUCAGUAUCGUCGCCAUCAUACUGGGCGUUGUCGCCAUCGUAGUCUAUGUCUCAUAUUAUGUGAGCUAGUCACACAGAUGACCUGAGGGGAGAAACUGACAUGGAAAAGCCAGACAAUGGAUGCAACAAGGGGGGAAAAGGCCCAUUCAAUAAAAAAAAGAAAAAUGAAAGUACAAUACCAUAUUUUAUGACCACCUUCAGAAUGCCAAAAUAGGAAACUCAUGAGUGCAGGUACUGCAGCAAAAGAAAAAUCAUUCAGAGAUGCAUGCAUUAGAAUCCAGUAACAAUUGCUUGACAAUAAACCCGAUGUAGAAAUGUUCAGGUGAAAGCAGAAGAGAAAGUAAAAGCAGGUUUGAAUGUGGUCAGGAUCAUUCUGGGAGAAUGGACUUCUUAAAAUGAAGAGGGGAGUGGUUAAAAAGGGCAUUUUCUUUGUGAUGGAGCUGCUUUAAAAAUGCACCCUAGGUUUGGACUUCAACCUUUGGACAGCUGCAUAUAUCCCUCAUAUUAUUCCCUACUGAACCUCUUGCAUUCAAAACAUAUACCGCUACAAAUAUAUUUGAAACAUGAAUAUUGAGUAUAUAUAGAUGUACAUUUUAUAAAAUGUUUGUAUGCAAAGUGUUGCUGAGUUUGUUAAGACUGUCACAGUGGCUGCUCUGUCAGCAUCAGUGG